AUGUUGGAGGCAUUACCUGAUGAUAUCAAUUUCGGCGCUUUUUUCACUCCGAUGGGUAAUGACGAUUUGAAUCUCAGUUCUUUAGAUGUCAAUUCAAAAACUAGCUCGAAAGUCACUUUGAAAAGUGAAAAUGAUAGUACAGACAACAAUAAUAAUCAACAUAGUGUAAUGCAGCGAUUGCCAUCUACGGGGUUUAGCCAUGUAGUACAAACACCGCAACAUGCAUCUUCAAAUGCAAAUGUCGAUCCAAUUGAUAUUUCUAAUCAACAAAAUGGUGAAAUUGCUCAAUUUUGGGAUUUUAACGUCGAUACUUUACAAAUGACUCCAAGCAAUUCAAGUGAUUCAGCAACUUUAAGUGCACCUAACAGUUAUAGUUCAGAUCAAAGCCAUUUCAAUAACAAUAAUAAUAAUCUUAGUAAAAAUAAUCCAUUAUUUUCAAAUUCCUAUUCAAAUAAUUAUAUGAAUUUUAUUAGCAAUAAUACAACUUCUUCCCUUUUCGCUUCAUCUCCAUCUAUACCGCAUUCAUCAAACAAUUAUAUCAAGAGAGAAGAUUCCUUUUAUAAACCAUCCAUGUUCACCAAAAAUAAUGACCCAUCAACAAUACCCUUAAGUUCCAUGAAUACUGCAAAUUCCGUACGAAAAAAUCCAAUAACAAAACAACCAUCAAUGACAUCAUUAACCAAUAUCAAUAAAAGGAAACCUUCUGUGUCUGAAUUAUCAACGAGUCAAAAUAGUUUAACUAGCAGUAAUAUGCAUAAAAAACCGCAAAUUCAAUGUUUUAACUGUAAAACUCUUAAGACACCCCUGUGGAGGAGAGAUCCAAAUGGGAAUGCUUUAUGCAAUGCAUGUGGUUUAUUUCAAAAGUUACAUGGUACCAUGAGACCUCUCUCUUUGAAAACUGAUGUUAUAAAGAAAAGAAACUCCAAAAAGAGAGCAAAAAAAUUACAAGAACAACCCCGUCAACGACAUUUCGAGCACUCUGAAUAUGAUAGAUAUACACAAACUGAUACUAUUAAUAUCAAUAAAAAUAAUAACAUACUGCCAGCGGCCAAGAAUUUUGUUGCUCCUGUUCUUUCUACUGCAAUGGCGACAACUGCAACAACAAAGAUGACGGCAAGCUCAAAACAUAAACGGACCUCUGGGGCACAAUCUCCUUCAAUAAUAAAUAAUAAUUCAGAUUCUCAUUUUGAAGCAAUUAGUACCAACAAUAGUAAUAGAAUUUCAAGAAGAAAUAGUACUUCAUCUAAUACUUCUAACAGAUCAUCCUCAUCUAGAUCAAUUGUACCAAUAUUACCAAAACCUUCGAUUUCAUCGUUAUCUUCAAGUACUGGAAGUAGUGGUAAUUACAACAAUAUUUUCGCUAACGGUUUGAACGAUAGUAAUGCAUCAUCUCCGAGACAGCCAAACAGUAACAACAGUAUGACAAAUAGUACCCAAUUUAUGUCGGCAAACUCACCUUUACAGCCCAGUCUCUUUUCAACUUCUACUAGUAGAUCUGGUAUCACAAUACCAAGAAGAAAAUUGUCACGAAAUCCAUCGUAUUCAUCAUCUUUCAUGGCAGUAUCUUUGCAUCAACUACAGAAUCAAGAUCAAUAUCAACGACAGCCUGUAAAUAACAAUCAAUCUUCGUUGGGGAAAAGUAGCAGUUCAACAAUUACAAUGAACAGUUGGUCAUCUACCCAAAGGCAACAACAACAACCACAACAAGGUGCCCAACCAACUACGAAACCUAGUAGCGAGCUGUUCGAAACGACAGAACAAGUGCAAAACCAACAACAACCACAUAAGUCAUUACUAUCGCAACAGUUACAAAAUUCAUUCGAAUUUAAUGAUAACUCAGAAACCGGUACGAUAAAAGAAUCAUUUACGUCAAGCGCCGUGGCUACAACACCAAUUUCAAAAUCAAACAGUGAAGAUAUCAAUAAAAACGCUAUAACUGCCGAUGAAUUAGAUUGGCUCAAAUUUGGUAUAUAA